CACACGCACACGCACUCGACCCACUCGAUGACCGCCGCCUGCCGCAGACACCUCCACCGCCGCCGCCGCCACCACCACCAGAUACGGCACUACCGAUAUCCCCUCCACCCCCCACCAGAGCCCAUCGUACCGACAACAACAACAACGACGACGACGCGGCGGCGGUACGUCAUGUCCAGGCCGCAACGGCGCCCGUCUGCCGUGAGGGUUCGCGCGCAGUUUUUACGUCGGCCCGCGGCCGCCAUGUGAGCGAAAUAUUUUCCUCCACGCACGCACACGCACACGCACACACACACACACACGCACACAUUGUUGUCGCCGCCGCCGCCGCCGCCGCACCGUCGUCGUCGUCGUCGCCGUCGUCGUUUUUCGGUCGUCGCAUUUCGUAUCGCCGGUGCACACGACCACCGCCGCGCCGCCGAUAUCGUCGUUCGUCGUUCGCCGUUCGCUGUCGACGGGGCCGUUGUAGACCGAGAUGAAAAUAAGUCAAUAAUGGGCGGAAUGGAUACAGACCAAUUAUAUUCCGUGCGCUGGAAUGAAUUCCACACAAGUAUUAUAACAUCAUUCAGACAUUUACUCGAUCAAGAAGAUUUUAUAGAUGUUACUAUAGCUUGUGACGGUCAUUCAUUUACUGCACAUAAAGUUGUGCUCUCUGCAUGUAGUCCUUACUUCAGAUCUCUGCUCAAGGCAAAUCCAUGCCAACAUCCCAUUGUAAUCCUUCGCGAUGUUAAGAAACAAGAAAUGGAAGCAUUAUUAAGUUUCAUGUACAAUGGAGAAGUUCGGAUUAAUCAAGAACAUUUACCAGAAUUUUUAAAGACUGCUCGUAGCUUGCAAGUACGAGGUCUCGUUGAUUUUACUAAAGAAAACCAACCGUCCUCGUGGGGAAGUUCAAGCGUAGUUCCAGUUGAUGUUGUUGGAAAAAAUAAAGCCAGUGAUAAUUUACCUAGCCCACCAUAUAAAAGACAACGCAAUAACUCUGAACAGUUGACUACUCAACCACUGACUCCUAGUAGUAGUUAUAAUGCUGAGAGAGAUAAAGAUACACCAUCAUUGCUUGUUCAAGCAUUGGAAUUGAAUCAAUCACAGUCAAGUCAGAAUAAAAAUGCAGUUGACUCGUCAGUCACUGGGCAUUCGUCUGAUGAAGAAGAUAGCAAUUCUGGAGAUUCAGAUGGCAGUCAUACAGUUAAUGAUAAUACCCGUUCAGAUGGAAAUCAACAAAACAAUGACAUUGUUAUUCAACCUCAAAUAUCUCAGGCCCAACAUUCAAAACUAGAACCGGUAGAUUUUUUAUCAAGUAGUGGUAAUAAUCAUGACCUACACAAUACGUCAAUCUCGAUUGAACAACAGUCCAGGCAUUCUUUUCCUACAUCAAUUUCAUCUGGAGUUUCAAUUAUAAGUAGCUUACAAGGAUUGCCGGGUCUAUUACCAGGUCCAUCAGGCAUACACAACAAUAGCCAAGAAAACAGCUAUGCAAGGAGAUCGAUCGAGAUGACCAGAGUGAGGGCAACCGACCCGAGACCGUGUCCCAAGUGCGGCAAGAUCUACCGUUCGGCACACACGCUCCGCACACAUCUGGAGGACAAGCACACCGUGUGUUCUGGAUAUAGAUGCGUGCUGUGUGGCACGGUGGCAAAAUCGAGGAAUUCGUUGCACUCGCACAUGUCGCGUCAACACCGCGGUAUAAGUACCAAGGACCUACCCGUGCAACCGAUGCCGUCCAAUUUCGAUCCGGAACUGGCGUCCAACCUGCUGCUGAAAGCCGGAGUCAAGGUAUCACCAGCUGAACUACGGGCGAGGGCUUCGCCGACGGACGCGGUCACCACCAGCCACCGACGCGGCGACGGCAAGCUGGACUUGCAGUCGGCCAACAGCAGCGUGUGCGGCGGCGACGAUCCCGAGGACCUGACCGUAAACUCGUCCGGUCAUCACCACCACGGCCACCACAACAACAACAAUAACCAUCACCACCAGCAGUACGGCAACAACAACAACAACAACAACAACCAACAGCGGUUCAGCGACUCGCAGCAACAGCAACUGUUGCAGCAGCAGCAGCACCUUCUCCACAACAGCGGUGGAGGCAAGUUUCCCACUGCCAUGGACCUGAUCGACAAUUAUGCUCGGGUGGGCGGUGGAGGCGGCGGAGGCAGCGGCGGAGGCGCCCUGUCGCCGUUCCUGCCGUCGUUCGCGGCUUGCGGCAAGGAUCUGCAGCCGGGCGACAGCAAGAUCUCGCCGUACAACAACAAGGCGUUCCUGGACUCGUACCUCAAGGCGCUGGUUGAGACCAACCCUCCGCUGUUCUACGCGUCCAAGAUCGCCGGCGACAUGAUCAAGCACGAGAUCGCGCCCGACGACGCGGAUUACUCGUCCGCGUCCGACGAGGACGACAUUGACGAGGACGACAUCGACGAGGACGUUGAUGAGGACAUUGGCGACGAGGACGAUGACGACCGACGGCGCCGGCGCGGGCAUAGCGACGGCGCCGCCGCUGGUAGCGUCAAUGACACGCCACUGCCGCUGCAGGCCGGCAAGAACUGAUAGGGCACAACCGCCCCCCCACAACCGCAUCAACCGUUCGCCGGUGUGAGAGCGACGAAACAGAAGUGUAAAAAAAUCAAAAAAAAAAAAUCAAAAAAAAAUUUAGGACUUAGGCCUUUUUAGUUUCCAGUGUAUAUCGAAUAAAACCGCGAUUCGUCGUCUGCAGUGCGAGAGUGAGAGAGUGAGAAAGAGAGAAGAUAGUACGUAUAUAAAAUAUUUUAAUGAUUAUUAUUAUUAAUGUGUAAUAUAAUAUAAUAAUAGCUAUAAUGUGUAGCGGACGGGGUUAGGUCGUGUGUACGAUGAUAUUCGCGGACGGAACUACCUGUACCGUAUAAGAUCUAAAUUUAUUUUUUUAAAGACAUUGUGAAUAUAUAUUAUGUAUACGUCAACGGAAAUUCUCGGAGGACAAUAAUUUCUAAUAUUAUCAUACUUACUAAGCGAAAACUAUCAUGAAACACGGUAUAAAAUUUUUUUGAUUCAAUGCCCCACAGAGAAAACGUAGGUAGAUCUAUUUUCUGAUCCGGUGUUUUUAUUAUUAUUAUUAUUAUUAUUAUUAUUAUUAAUCUAUUUUUUUUUACGUUUUUAUUUAUUUACGACUAGUCAUUAAAUUGUUUAACAGUCCAACAUAACAGUUCAAACAUGUUUGUUCCUAAAUGUUUUUAUCAGACUUUUUAAAAAAAAACUCUUUUCGUUCGUGCCAUAGUAUAUAAUAUACACCUAUAUAAUAAUAUAAUAUUUACGAAACCUUUUACGGGUAAAACUCUCUCUAAUAUUAUAUAGUAUACCAUACCAUUCCUCUUCAACUACCUCAAUCGUAGAUAUUAAAAUGUGUUUUUU